AUGUUUGAAGAAGACUUUGAGCGCUGCUUCAUCUGCCAGGCGCCUUCCAAGGGCCUCUACUGCUCCUCCGAGUGCAGGCUACAGGACAAGGGCUCGGCGUCGCCUGCGACCAAGGCGACCUCGACCCCUCCUGUUCGCCUUACCGCGCAGCUUCCCGUGUCGCUUUCGCCCAUGGUGCGCCCAGUGCACCACAUUGCCCCAUCACCGCUCUUCGGUCGCCGCCGUGGCAACUCGUCGUCGUCGUCGUCGCUGUCCGAAUCGCCCAUCCACUCGCCUCAGACCAACCCUUCCACCACUGGCGACUCGCCCCAGAAGGAGGCGUUCAACCUGCCUCCUCCUGCGUACCCCACGACCUCGUACGGAUUCAUUGGCAGCGUCCCUGUCAAGAUCCCUUCGGCUCUCGCAUCACGUGUCCCAUCAGCUUCGGCAUCUGGCACUUCCACUCCGGGUUCGCAGACCACUGUGUACCCGACCGGUGCCAGCAUCGACACGCUUCGUUUUGGCCGCAAGCCUAGCGUCACCAACAGCGUCACGUCACCGCUCGCCCUUGCGCCCCGCUGUGGUUGCGGACGUGCUCUCGGCCACCGCGCCCGUUCCCGCGAGCGUCUCGGCGAGCCAGACAUUUCUUGCCUGACCCUCAACGACGACGGCCUCGUCCCAGCGUACGGUUCCAUUCGCAUGGUCUCCGACCCCGGGUUUCGCACACCGCGCACCCCCAACCCGGCGUACACCACCCUGUCAGAAGAGCGCAACAUCUCGACUGUCCUCGGCUCGUCUCUUCUGUCGCGCUCGCGCUCCGACCCCGUUCCCCCUUCGCCUCGUCUCCAGCGCAAUGCCAACACGGGCAUUCACCCCCGCCCCGCGCACGCCAGCACUGGCAAGAACACUCCCUCGCUGCAGCACGCUCCUCUCCCGGCUGUCACCCGUGCUCCCAACGCUUCGGCAUCGUCUACCCUCCCCGUGGCACACGAUGACCGCCGCGGUCGCUCGCGCGAACGCCUGCCUCCGCGCAUCGACAUGACCCCCGAGCAGCGCAACGCCAAGCUCGUCCACCACGAGGAGCGCGAGGUCGCCCCCGUCCGCGACUCGCGGGAUUCUCGCUCGCGUGGACGCAAUUCCCGCGAGCGCUCGCGCUCGCGCGACCGUGACCAGACCCGUCUGCGCUCUCGUUCCCGCCACGAGCCCGAGCUCGGCCUUGCGCUGAAUCUCGGCGAGCGCCCCGAGCGUGGCCGCGCCCAGCGCGUGCUGGUGUAA